AUGCCAAGAAACAAAGCGAAUUCAGACGCUAUGCAGCACCCGAUCGAUGACCAAAGCCAAUCCCCAAUGAUGGACGGGAAAUUCCGGCCGAGGGUUCACGUGUUUGGCCCAUUCGAGCAAAUGGUCCGUUUGAGUGGAUGCGAUUUACAGGAGUCCAUUUUUAGCUGGGCCGAAAGCCGAAAGCGCGGCGCCACCGGCAGGGCCGUCAUCUCAACGCUUCUCUUCGUCCUUGUGCUCGUCGUUUUCUUCGCCAAAUUCUUCUAUAUUAUGAGCAAUGAUGCUAAAGCAUUCACCGUGAUCUGGGCUGAAUCGAACAUGGAAACGGGGGUUUUCCUGUUCGCAAUCGCUGCCGCUAUCUGUUUAGGCAUUUGGACACACGCACAGUACUUUAGAGUGUUCCACGAGAAACUCGAUGCAUUAGAGGAGGGCCCAGUCCGUUCGGAAGAGAGUUUCUCGAGAACUCACAUCAAAGCGUUCAUCUUCUCGAUCAUUUGUUUGACGGGCAUUUUAGCGCAUUCGGGCAGGGAUUUCAUCUGGGUUCGAGAAGUAAAUGGAACGGUUGGUGAACUCCAGUUGAACUUCGGGAAUUUCUGGGGUGCCGAGCCGCUCGUGAGAGGGCUUGUCGGUCUCAUCUUGUGCAUUUCGCUGGCAAUUUAUGUAAUCUCGAUUCACGCGGUCAGCCGAAAGCUUAAAGCUUUCAAUAAAGACCUCGCUGAAGCUUCGGAUAUCGGAAAAUUAGGGGACAUCGUCACACUCACCUCGUUUUCCACAAGACAGCAAGAGGUGCUGAGUGUGGUCAAAUAUGUUCACAAAAAUAUCGGAAAACUCACAUCAUUCGGUCUCGUUGGCGGGAUUCUCAUGCAGGUGAAUGGCAUCUUCUUAUUGAUGGGUCAUCGAGAAGAAAUGUCGCCAGCAUUUACGUGGUUAAAUGUGGGAUAUAUGGUGAUUGCUGGUGGAAUCAUGGUACUCCUUCUACUCGUACCACAAAAAUUGCAAAAGAAGAUCGCCAAAGCACCAACAAUUCUCCUAUACGAUCAACAGAUUUGGGCACAAAAAGACGAAAAACUGACAACACUGGCUUUAUCAAUGGCAAAACGAGCGGAAAGUGACGAUUUAAAGAUCAUCGUCUUGCAAAUGUUUCUGAUGGAUCAACGCUUACCACAUAAAUUGAUGAUGAUUGUUCCAUUGUUCGGCAAUGCGAUGCUCGCUUUGGAAAGACUUCUACCACCAAAAGUUAUC